GUUCGUAUUCCAUUUGUAAACAAUCAAGAUUGUAAUGAUCUCUUUUGUAUAAAAGUGAUUUUCAUCAUAAUUGCAUUUUAAAGAUUAGUUAUGUCCCACACUCUGUUGAAACACUGCUUUUCGUUCUAGUGGAUCGGUUGAAUAGUUUUAUUGACGGUGCAUAUUCAAGCUGCCUGUGAUACACUUUUCAACGUACUUAAUUUGGCGGGAAAUUAAAAUGGCUGCAAAAUUAAAGUCUCAAUUAACAUCAACGUUUAAAAUGCAUGGUCUAACACUGCGAAGUGAAGCCAGCAAGUACUUGAUUGAAGUUUUCAAUCAUGUCGAAGAAACACAGAGAGAGGAGAUUCUUGAUAAGAUGAUUGAGAUUAUCCAGAAACAACCCUUGAAAUCUUCCCUAAUUGGAAAAGACGCCUGUGAAGCUGCAGUUCAAGAAUGUAACGCUGAACAAGAAGAGGGAGACAAUGUUUUCUGUGUCAUUGAUGCCUUUUCUGUGCCCAGAUAUACAUACAGUGCAGAUCGCAAGAAGUUUAUACAAAAUUCCACACUUGGGUUACCUCCUCCUUGCCUGCAUGGAACAGCACAAGAUAAAGUGACUCUGUUUUUGGACAGAUAUACCAUUCUUCAACAGAGAACUCAGAGACAUGAUUUAUUCACUCCUCCUGUCAUUGGAGCAGAAAGGGAUGAAAGUGCAAAGAAAUUCCAGCUAAAACCUAUAGAGUAUUUGCUUGGAAGCACUGCCAGACUAGGGGAAAUUAUUGUACUUGGAAUGUUAACACAACUUAGAGAGGGUAAAUGGUAUGUGGAGGAUCCAACAGGCGCAGUGCAAGUAGAUCUCAGUGAUGCUAACUUCCACACAGGGCUGUUCACAGAGAACUGCUUUGUUCUGGCUGAGGGCUGGUAUGAGGAUGAAGUGUUCCAUGUCAACGCUUUUGGUUUCCCUCCUCCAGAACCAGCAAAGGUCACAAGGGCAUAUUUUGGAAACAUUAAUUUUUUCGGUGGACUGUCCAGUGUCUGUGCCAAAGCCUCAGCCAAACUGAAACAGGUGGAGCAGGACAACAGAGACGCCAUGUUUGUGUUCUUAUCAGAUGUCUGGCUGGACCAGGUCAAGGUGAUAGAAAAAUUAAGGAUGCUUUUUACAGGAUAUUCAGACUUUCCUCCAACAUGUUUCAUUUUGUGUGGUAAUUUUAUUUCUGCACCUCAGGAGAGCCAUAGGGCAAAAGUUCUCAAAGAAUGUUUUCACACCUUAGUAGAUUUAAUCUUGGAGUUUCCCAGCAUUGCAGAGAACAGCAGAUUUAUAUUUGUUCCUGGCUCACAAGACCCGGGGCCAUCAACAAUUUUACCAAGACCUCCCAUUCCUAACUCUGUAACAGAGGAGGUCAGGAGGAAGCUUCCUAAUUCGACCUUCACCUCUAACCCCUGUCGUAUACAGUACUGUACACAGGAAAUUGUGAUAUUUAGAGAGGACAUAGUGACCAAGAUGUGUCGAAACUGUGUCAAGUUUCCAGCUGACAACGAUGUUCCAACACAUUUUGCCAAGACUCUGAUAAGUCAGGGUCACUUAUGCCCCCUGCCUCUCCAUGUCUGCCCUGUUUACUGGCCAUAUGACAACGGACUUCGACUCUACCCUCUACCUGAUCUUGUGGUGUGUGCUGAUAAAUUUGAUCCCUUCCACACGACAGCAGCAGACUGCACAGUGAUGAAUCCUGGCUCUUUUCCUAAGACGGACUUCAGUUUCAAAGUGUACUUUCCGGCUUCUCGACAGAUUGAGGACAGCAAGAUUGGGGAUUGAUUUCUGUAACAUUGUUGCUAUUUAUUUAUUUAGAAAUGAAUGUAUAUAAAAAGAUAUGAUUGUUUGAAUAAAUUGCUUAUCAAUAUAACCAAAUAAGAAUGAAAUGUGUUUAUGAAUGAAUAGGGCCAGUAACUGCUUUAUGUAGUAACAAUUCCUUGCAAACACGAAUGCUCAUCAGGUUAACAUGAAAAAGUUAAGUUUAGGAGCGUUCUUUUUCA